GCAGCAGCGUGUCGUGUGCGUAAGCAAACAGACAGCUGGGCACACACAGACCAAGAACAGACACUCUGCUUGUCGACAAAUUCUCACUAAAAUGUCCUCAAUUCACCCUCAACUCGCUGUUGUUGGUAUUUUGAACUGGACUUUGUAAUCUUGAUCUUCACGUAAAACCUCCGUCUCUUUAACAAGGUCUCAAUUAAGAAUUUUUAAAUAUAAUCACUUCUAAUGGAUAUCGCCAAGACCAUUUUUGGAUCUAGACCACAUGAUGGUUAUGGUGGAAAGGAGGACUACAAUGAUAAGGUGGAGACAGCUGCGUCAGAUGAUGAGGAUUCAUACUUGAACAGCUACUUAGAUGGACUUCGGGAACAUUCGUCCAUUGCCAAAGAUGGCCCUGCGCCUAUCCCAGGAGGUUCAUUUUCUGCCCUCACUCCAUCUAUGUGGCCUCAAGACAUUCUUUUAAAACUUGGACAGCAAUUGGAUGACCCAAACUCUCAACCAGAUUACAGGUUUGAUGAGUUUGGGUUCAGGGUAGAAGAGGAGGAUGGCCCCGAGCAGAGUUCAAACAAACUUUUAGGCAUUCCAUUUGUAGAGGAUCCUCAACACAGAUUACAAUGGGUUGCCCAUUUGGAAUUUAGCCACAAUAAGGACAUCAACGAUUUGUCCUGGGACAAUGUGGAAACAUCUCUUCCCCGUACUGAAAAGUUGAGGUCCAUGGUUAGAGCCGGAAUACCACAUUCCUUAAGGCCACAAGUCUGGAUGAGGCUUUCAGGUGCUUUGCAAAAGAAAUUAACAUCUGAAGUAAGCUACAAAGAUAUUGUUAAGGCUUCCAGCAGUGAUGCUUUAAUGACUUCCAAGCAAAUUGAGAAAGAUCUCUUGAGAACUUUGCCUGGAAAUGCAUGUUUUAGUCAGCUAUCGAGCACUGGCAUCCCACGACUGCGGAGGGUUCUGAGAGGAUUAGCCUGGCUCUAUCCAGAAAUAGGGUAUUGUCAGGGAACAGGAAUGAUGGCAGCAUCAUUACUUCUUCUCAUGGAAGAAGAGGAUGCUUUUUGGAUGAUGAGCACUAUUGUAGAAGAAUUACUUCCAGCAUCUUAUUACUCUUCCACUCUAAUUGGCGUCCAAGCUGAUCAAAGGGUGUUAAGGACAUUUAUUUGUAGUUACCUACCUGACUUGGACUCUGUGCUAAAGGAACAUGACAUAGAGCUAUCAUUAAUUACCUUGCACUGGUUUUUAACUAUUUUUGCAUCUGUGGUUCAUAUGAAGAUUCUACUUCGUAUUUGGGAUCUUUUCUUUUUUGAUGGCUCCAUAGUUCUUUUCCAAGUUACUCUUGGGAUGUUGAAGAUCAGAGAGCCUGACCUCAAGUCCCUUGAAAAUUCUGCUCAGAUAUUUAAUGCCCUUUCUGAUACUCCGGGUGACAUUGAAGAUGUAGACCAGCUACUCCAGGUUUCUUUUGAGGUGGCAUCUUCUCUGAAUGAUAUGAUGAUUGAAACCCACAGAAGACGCCACUUGGCUUAUUUAAUGUCAGACCAAGGUGGUCUCGUGGGAAACCCAGAAAAUAUGCCAAACCUUCCAAAACAGCACCUUAGUAGGCGACAGGUGAAGAAAAAUAAAUCCAUGAUUCAGUUGCUACUUUUUGGUGACAUGGAUGGUGAAGAUGACAUAAAAUUGAAAAACAUUCGUCAAACAGAAAUCAUGGUCAGCUUACGAGAGACUGUAUUACAAGUGGCAAGACACUUUAUCUCUGUGGAUCCUAAGCUAAGCAAGGUUGUUCUAGAACCUGACUAUAGCAUGGAGAGCCAUGCUAGGGACCAUGAGGUCUAUGUCAAUGUAUCACGCACCCGAAAACGUCGAGCCAAGGCUCUUCUGGAUUUUGAGAGGCAUGAUGAUGAUGAACUGGGAUUUCGAAAAAAUGACAUCAUAACAAUUGUUAGCCAAAAAGAUGAGCAUUGCUGGGUUGGUGAACUAAAUGGUCUACGAGGAUGGUUUCCCGCAAAAUUUGUUGAACUACUAGAUGAAAGAAGCAAACAAUAUUCUUGUGCUGGUGAUGAUGCUGUUUCUGAGGCAGUUACAGAUCUUGUCCGAGGAACUAUGUGUCCAGCUAUCAAACAAGUUUUAGAGCAUGGCAUGAAGAAGCCAUCAAUUUUAGGUGGUACAUGUCAUCCUUGGUUGUUUAUUGAAGAGGCAUGCACCCGAGAAGUUGAAAAAGAUUUCAACUCUGUGUACAGCAGGCUGGUGCUCUGUAAAACAUUUAGACUGGAUGAAGAUGGAAAAGUUCUAACUCCAGAAGAGCUCCUGUAUCGAUGUGUUCAGUCAAUCAACCAAAGUCAUGAUGAUGCCCAUGUUCAAAUGGAUGUAAAGUUACGCAGUCUUGUGUGCAUGGGCUUAAAUGAGCAAGUUCUACAUCUGUGGCUUGAAGUUCUAUGCUCAUGUGCUGAUAUUGUUCACAAAUGGUAUCAUCCUUGGAGUUUUAUCUUUAGCCCUGGUUGGGUUCAAAUAAAAUGUGAGCUUCGAAUUUUAUCCCAAUUUGCCUUCAGCCUGAACCCUGAUUGGGAGCUGCCACAAAAGAAGGAACAAACUUCUCAGCCACUUAAAGAUGGGGUAAGAGACAUGUUGGUAAAGCAUCAUUUGUUCAGCUGGGAUUUAUAACAUUUUAUAUUUGGCCAUUUUUCCUCCUAUGGUGAGAGCAAUGUUACAGUCAGUUUCUAAUCUCAUUUGCUAAUAAUAGUCUAUCAAAAGACUGUCUAUUCAAAUUCCAUGUAUAUAGUAGAAAGCUUUUAAGUCGAACGAGGUGUUUGAUUCUACAAGCAUUGAUUCUUGUAGCACAUCAUGAGGAAGUCCUUUCAGAAAGUAAAGUCCAAAGCUUUUCUUUGACUGAUGUAUUAUUAUCCGCAUAUCAGUGGUCAAUCUUCAAGUUGGAACUGUCUAUGCUGGUUCAUAUAUGUUUUUUCUUUAUUUGUUUUAAAUUCCUGAAUGUGAUACACUAUUUUUGAAUCAGUAGAAACCAAAGUAGCUGCGCCCUGAGUGUCGUAUAUUUUAUGGUCUGACAGUUGUGAAGUGUUAAGUUUGUUUAACAUUUGUAUCUUAAAGCAUUGUUAUGGAAAACCAUUCAUUGUUACCAUGUGAUGACAAACUAUCAAUUUAGUUACAUGGGUUGUUUUACUAUUUGGUAUUUAUUUUAAUUUAUUUUAUUUAUUUGAAACCUAGUAAUAAUAAUAAUGUUAAGCUUUGUCAGAUGUAAACACUUUUUAAUACCUGUAAUAAUUUUAUUUGAAAGUUUAUGAUUACUUUCAUGAAAAUGUGAAAUGUGUGAUGCUUUUCACUGUGCAAAGUAAAAUUUUAAGUGAUCUUUUUUCCCCUUGCAUGUAUGAAUAACUAUUGUCAGCCUCCCCUGAAAUGCAACACAUUUAAUCCACUUCAAUUCAUGUAGAAAUGCUCCUAAAAGGUCUCACCUUUAGUGCACAUUCCUUCCCACAUUAAAGCGCAUUCAAUGCAUUAGGCGUCUCUGGGGAAAGUGGAAGACUGAUUUUGCUUAAUUUCUGUCUUUAAGUUGCUGCAAGGACAGUUUGAUCUGUUUAAUCCACUGAAUCUUUAAGUACAAAUUCAAACAACAAACAAAGCAACUUUUUCAAAAGAAAUUAAACAUUAAUUGAAUGGAUUAACCUAAGAAAAAAAGAACUGCUUAACAUUUUAUGAUAUCUUUCCUAAGGAAAUGCUGAUCCUCUUAUUUAAGUAUUAUGAUCUGAUCAUCAGAUAUAUUUACCUACCUCAUGUUCUCUUUUUAAGAAUCAUACUCUGUGUGCUCAGGCUGGGAUUGUAUGAGUUCAUUUUCCAAAUAUAUUUUUAUCCAGGGACAAUUAUUAUUUGCCCUAUUUUGCCAUCACAUAAGAAAAAUGUCAAAUAGGAUGAUUGUUCCCCAAGUCUCUCAAAAAUACUACUCGUGAACAUAUCACACAUGGCUAUUUGAUGGCCUUGUCAUAUCAUUCAUUACCUCCAAAACACUUACACUCAGUAAAACGUAGGUGUUUUCUAUGUAUCAUAUAAUCUCAAUAUGUGACAUCUAAAUCAGUGUAUCGAGUGUACAUUUUUUGCCUUGAAAGCUUUGGAAUAAAUCUCUACCUGUGCCCCGACUAUA